CGUCUGCAUGGAGUAUCUUGAGGGUACCCUGUUUCGACCAAGGUUUUGCAAAAAAUGCUUGCGGAGAGUGAGCUAUGGCGGCAGCAGCGGCGAUGGUACCCGUGUCGCCCUCUGCUGUGGCGUGCCAGCGUUUUUCUGCAAUUUCAAUCAGUAAGAGAAAUUCACGCUUGGCUCCCGUUUCGGUGUGUUGCGCUUGGCGCAGAGAGAAGCCCGUUGAGGUUGACGUAGGAUUAGAGGAGAAGUCGUUCGUGUAUCGUCGAGCUUCUCCUGCAGAGAGAUGGCGGGAUAGCAGUGACGAAAUCCAGAAGCGGGCUGUGAGGGAGGCGGUGGAGGGCGUCAUGAGGGCGGUUGAUGAAUUGCAAGCGCGUCCGUCCCCGGAGGAUGCAGUUGACGGUCAUGUGUCGCCUAUUUAUCGGUUGAUUAAUGAAGACAAGGUUAGGGAGAAGGCUUGGGAAAGAGAGAUGUUUCGACAGUCGAUGAAGGGACAAACUAGGAGGUUGAAGAGGAUGAGUAAGUUGGCGCUCAAGAAAGCGGUGGAUUGGAAAGCCAGAACCGCGAGAUUGUCGAAUGCGAUUUGCGAGUUGGAUGUAGCGAGGCCGGUGGCUGAUGUGCUGGAAGGCUGGCCAGAGCAGUUGAAUAAUGAGGAUUUAUCUGUUGUGCUUGGAAACGUCGGUAGGGAAAAUUGGCGCCGUGCUCUGGAGCUCUAUGAGUGUUUAAAUAUGCGAAAAUGGUAUACCCCUAACACCCACAUGUUAGCUACAAUUCUCGGCAUUCUCGGUAGGUCGAACCAAGUGGAAAUUGCUCGGGAGCUGUUCUUGCGGGCUGAGCCGGAGCUGACCGCUGACCAUGUGCAGGUUUUUAAUGGGAUUUUGGGGGUUUAUGCCAAGCAAGGGAAAUGGCAGGUGGUCCAGCAAAUCCUUGAGCUAAUGGAGUCAAAAGGCUGUGAACCUGACAUCAUCACAUUCAACACAGUCAUAAAUGCUCGAUGCAAAGCCAAUUUGCAACCUGGAAUAGCAAUUGCUCUUCUGAAAGAAGUUCAGAGAGCAUCUUUCAAACCAGAUUUAAUCACCUUCAAUACCUUACUAGGGGGAUGCAUUGCCAACAAAAACUUCAUGGAAGCGAAAGAAAUUGUGAAGGAAAUGGUUCGGCGGGGUUAUGAACCAGAUGCUUAUAGCAAGUAUCUGCUAGGAAAGAAAAAGGACCUUCUUGAUGAGAUUAGAUGAAAAGAGCAGUAAGUGACUCUCGAACUUAAACUGACGCAUACUGGUUGGAGUUUCUCAACAGUCAAUGUGCAUCACCACAAUUUUCGCUUGGGUUCUCAGACCAUUGUGCUGUGCAUCAAUCGAGCGCAUCAUUUCAAGAUUCUGAGAAAGGCGAAUAAUCUUUGACUGCUUACCCCUCGACAAAUUGAUGUCGAGGACCUUCAGAAUGUAUCUGGAACUCAGAUUAGGAAGAAUAUGCUGAGUUUCAGAUAAAAAACAUCUGGCCCUUCUGGGUACAUCAGAUGGUAGUUAUGCUCCAUCUUAUAGUCCACCAGUGACAGCAAUGAUUAUCUGUCUAGUUCUUCUGGGCAUAUGGGUGGGAACCAAUUGCGCAGACGAGGAUUUUUUGGAAUUAGAAAUCCUCAGCAGAUUUCUUCCUGGAUAUUGAAUUGCUUGAUUCCUAGAAGGUUCCCCUCCUCCUAUCCUUUAACACAAGCUUGGGGAGAGGCAGAGACAGUGCAGACUUGGAAAAGUGUCAGUCUGAGAGAGGAUGACCAUACGGUAGCCGAUCACUUAGGUGUCAAAUGCACAAGGUCUAAGUUGCUUUCUUUGAGUUGAUGAGACAGUGCAAUAGAUCUGUGCGAAGGGAUUUCCGACGAAAGACGGAGAUCAUACGAAGAAAACCAAGGUCGUCUUCAAAAGUGUACAUCUGUGAUCGGUACAGUGCUCGAGGCUGAAGAGAUUUGUGGUUCAGGGUUUUGAUAACUGCUGUUGCAAAGUUGAAGAAAAGGUACGUCAGCUUUCUCCUAUUACAGCUUCUGUACUAUAGAUUUAAAAGUAACAUGAUGCUUUACGUCGAAGAGUUUCAAUGUAAAGUAGGGAUUUUGUGACGCCCAUACAAAAAAUCAUUUUAGCCACCUCCUUUGGUGAUGAUGUUCAUGUAAAUUUUGGAGCUACAACUUUCUGCUUAGAUUGUUGCUUGCAGUCGGGAUGAGAUCUGCCAAAGGGUCUCAGCAUUUGUUCAAUAAUAAUUGGAAUAUCUAUAACAAACAGUGCAUAAUUACUUUAA